GCCGUUUCCAUUUUGCAGGCAGGGUCUUAACCUGGAAGAACAACACGCAACACCGCCAGUCUCCGUCUCCCUCCCCCUCUCCAUCUAAUCCUCAUUGCUAUCCAUCCCGCCGCCCCCCAGCGGUCCGCACCAAAGCUGUCGCAACCCACUCCAGCGUCUCUUGAUUGCUGAUCGCGGCGCUCUUUCGUGCUUCCCGAUCUUUCAACCACAUCAUACGCGUGCUGCGCGGUUUUUGCUAGGCCCGGUCGUUUGUGUGGUCGGAUUCACGCGCCUGGCUACACGCGACGUCUUGUUGCCCUGCGAACCCACCUUUCCUGCGCGUCGGCGCGUCAAGCAUUUAUCGACUAGCUCAACAUCGUCUGUUACAAUUUAGCACCUGCUAUCGCUUCAGUCCUCGUCGGACCCCCUUGGACGUCGCUGCGACGCCGUCGCGACCAUGUUCUAUUCCGAGACCCUCCUCCAGAAGACCGGGCCCCUGGCCCGCGUCUGGCUCUCUGCCAACCUGGAGCGCAAGCUGUCCAAGCAACAUAUCUUGCAGUCAAACCUCACCGAGAGCGUCGAGCAGAUCAUCACACCCAGUCAGGCCCCCAUGGCGCUGAGGUUGACGGGUCAGCUGCUUCUCGGCGUCGUCAGGAUUUACAGCCGCAAGGCGCGAUACCUGCUCGACGACUGCAACGAAGCCCUGAUGAAGAUCAAGAUGGCCUUCCGCUCUUCAGGAAACAAUGAUAUUCCUGCCAACUUACAGGUACCAAACAGGGAGUCUCUUUUGCUUCCUGAUCGUAUUACGCCCUAUGACAACCUCGACCUGCUCCCAGCUCCUGAUGUCGACUUGCUGCUGAGCACACAAGACCUUGAUGUCGGCUCUCAACCUAUAGGCCGCAAAGGUCGCGUUAGCAACAGAGACAUCAACCUGCAGGAGGACUUCAACAACAGCCAGUUUCUGCAGGACGGACUGGGAAAGGAUGACGGACUGGCUUUGGCCAAUGUGGAUGACCUGGACCUGGACCUUGACUUCGGUAUGGACAUCGACGAGGGUCCAACCAGGAUGACCGUGGAAAUGGGUCGUGAGGCCCCCGCUGCUCGUGGUGUCGAGGACGACAUAUUCAGCGAGUUCGACCUGCCCCAGCCCACCAAGGAUAGAGACCACGACCAGUCCACUGCGCUUGGUUUUGGCGACAACGGAGUGCGCAUUCACGACGAUGACGGAGACAUCUUGAUGGGGGAUGAUGAUUUCCGACUGGACCUUGGAGACCAGUCUGCCAUGCACGACCGCGGAGCUGAGGUGGCUCGAGCCCGAAUCUCCGAGUCACCGCUCUCGGACAUUGACGAGGAGUUCGCUAAGGAAAUCGAGAUUGAGUACAGUCGGCACGCCAACAACACGGACAUGUACGAACCGAACGACGACGAGGAGUCGGCAAUGGUGCGGAACGCGCCUCAGAGGUCCAAGAAGAGAAAGAUCAUUGCGCCUGACGAGCAAACCAUGCUCACUGGGGCUGUGAUCAAGGAGCAACAGUCGAAGCACGAUAACAUCCUCAAGCCCCAGGUGUUCUUGCCUCGCGACCCUUACCUGCUGGCAUUGAUGGAGAUGCAGAAAAACGGCGGGUUCGUUUCCAACGUCAUUAUGGACGGCCAGAGCGCGACCUGGGCACCAGAGCUGAAGGGUCUGCUUUCAUUGGACGCGAUUCGUGCGCCCACUGACCUGAAGAGGAAGCGGGAUAGUGGUAUCGCAGACAUGGAUGUUGACGGCGAGCAGGGCACGUCCAAGUCGCCGCGGCUCGAGAUUGAUCAGGAUGACCCAUUCGCAGUUGGUGCCACGGAUCUCGGUAACCAAUCUGUGGCAGCUGAUGGCACGAUACUUGAAAUUGAGGGUGACGACGACUUGGCCAACUACGAUGACGAGGGAUCUGCCCUGCCAAACUUUGACGACACGACAGCGCCAAUUGUCCACCCAGCAGACAACGGGCCAGUCUCGGUUGGCACCAAGCACGCCGUGCACAUCCUACGAGACCUAUUUGGCGAUGAGGCCGCCACAAGCGCAGAGAAGCGCAAGAAGGCAUCCGUCGUAUUCCAAGAGCUCUUGCCGGAGAAGAGGACGACCAAGGCAGACGCGACCAAGAUGUUCUUUGAGUGCCUGGUGCUUGCCACCAAGGACGCCAUCAAAGUCGAGCAGCCGGAUGGAUCUCUCGGCGGGGCCAUCCGCGUGAGAGGCAAGCGAGGUCUGUGGGGUGCGUGGGCAGAGCGCGAGGCCGGCGGUGAGAUGGACGAGCAGGCUGAGGCGAACGAGGCUCAGGCUCCGAACCAGCCGCAGCCGGCAAUGGAGAGCGGCUCAGCUGCCGUCCCCGUCUCGGCAUAGGAAGGCACCAGCACCCGCACGGGCUAGAUAUUGCAUCCUCGGGCGAGAAUGGCGCCCGGCGGCUUCUUUGUACAAAUAUGGGUUUUCAAAGGGUUAUGGGUCGCGGCCCCCGUGGGCCUUGUUUAUCACACGACCAGGUGGCGUUAGGCGUGGUGGAGGAGAUACCAAGUUCUCUGGGCAGCUGUUUAUGGUAGGUUCUCUGGUUGGUCGAAGGAUGUUCAGGAUAAAAACUUUGGCCGGCUUCAGAUGUUUCUCUUUUCCCAACCCUGUUCACUGGACCGCGGUUGGUUUCGAGUCCGCGUUCUCAUUCUACUUUAUGCGGCAGGUUUUGGAAAAGUGGUUUCUCUUCAAGAUGACAAGCAGCAAGAUUUCAGCAUUCGAAGGGCUUUGUGUAGCACAGUAGGGAAUGGAUUAGAUAGUCAUAGUCAGUCGGUCGGUCAAUGGCCAAGCAUCAUCUGAUCAAGCGGAUUGGAAAAA